AUGGCCCGGGAGAGGCCGCCCGGGAGGGGCUGCGGCGCCCUGCGCCGGUGCCUGCUCGGCGCCGCGCUGCUGCUCGGCCUGCGCCUCCUCGCCGAGCUGCGGAGCCCCGGGCCCGGAGCCCCCUCCCGCAGCGCCGCGCCCGCCCCGGGCCCUCGGCCGCCCGGGCCGCACCUGCAGCCCGCCCCUGGCCCUCCGCCGCGCGGCGCCAGCAGGAGGCAGGUGACCUACGUGCGCAGCGGGCGCAGAGCGCCGCCGACGGGCGACCGGCGCCGGACGCCGGAGCCGAGCUGCUGCGCCCCGCGCGGGCGCCCCCGCCCGAAGGGUCCCCGAUGGCACAUAGAGCUGCAGCCUUGGGCAGGCCCUGCUCGGUCCCUGGAUGAAGAAGCCUUGAGGUUCCUGAGCUAUAUCAGCACCACACAGAUUGCAUGCAAUCGCAUGAGUACCGACAGCCUGGCUACUGACUCCAGCCCUGCCAAGCGGCCCUGGUCAGUGUGUCUCGAUGACAGGUUUGGCUUAGCUCAGCAAAUCCACAACAAGCAGUGCCGCCUCUAUUCUUUAGGGCUGGGAGGUGAUGAUACCCGUUUUGAGGUUGACAUGGCCAGGAACGGAUGUGAAGUGCAUCGGUUCGAUCCUAGCGUGAAGUCAGCUCACAUUCUGGAGAGCCAGCGCCUCUGGCAUCACCGCUUGUCCAUCACCUGGAGGGACCCCCAUCCAGCUGUUGCUGCUCAGAAAUCGCAUGGCAGUGCCAGAAAGCUGGGAAGCAUUUUGAAUGAAUUUGGGCAUCACAAGAUUGAUGUUCUCAAGGCAGAUCUGGAAAGUGCCGAAUGGAAAGUCUUGGAAAAUCUCAUUCUGGAAAAUGUCCUUGAACAGAUUGGACAGCUCAUCUUUGAGAUCCAUCUGCACUGGCCCGGGUUCGAGGUCAGUGGCAGUGACAGCAGUGUUGUUAGAUUCUGGUACAGCCUCCUCAAAGAAUUAGAACGAAAGGAUUUCAGGCUUUUUCACAGUUACAAAGAUUUAUCUAAACCUCAGCUAUUCCUAAAGAAAGAUCUCUUCAAUGCAAGUAGCUGUUAUACUCUGAGCUGGGUGAAUACAAGAUGGAAAUAGGAUGCAGGACUUCAUGAAGAGUACAAGGAAGGAAGGAUUUCCAGAGUGGAGUCGUCCAUGGCUCUCACCAAGGGUUUGUGCACGCAGCUUCCUUACCUGCUGGAGCAGGGACUGUGUCAUUGUCUCUGCGGUGCAGGAGGGCCUGGUGUUUGAUGUGGCAAAGGCACCGUCGAUACUUCAAGGGAUGAACGACCAACUACCCUCACCACUCCACCACGCAACCACCACCAUUUGUCCAGACCCAGGCCUUUUACCCUUUGCCUCUGACAGAGGGCUAACUUGUCCUCCCGCACUGUGACUUGGAAAGUACUCCCCCAUGCAUCCCAGUUUUUGCUAAACUUUAUUGUAUGUCUAUCAUCCGUGAAAUUGCCCACCUUACAAUGAAAUGAAGUUUUCCCUUCGUCCUGGGUUGAUGACAUUCCCAAGUUCGUGAUCUCCUGUUCAAAACAGGGCCUUUCAUUGGAAGCGGAGUCACCUCUCUCCAGGUUUUGCCAGCUCACUUUGUCAUUCCUCCCCUGCCCUUUCUGGGGCCAUGCAGCGGUGUUGUAACAGCCACGGUUUCUGGCUUCCGGGGCCUCGGACACAUCGAAUUCUGUUACUGAGUUUCAAUGCCCAGACCAUCAGGAGCUUCAACUCCCGGUUCUUUCCUGACUCAGCCUUGGAUCCCUUCCUUUGUGAUACUGAGCACACAGCAGAAUGUGCGAGUCUUCACUGUUAGCACUUCAGCCUCCAAACAUCAGUUCCCAAGCAGGGACUUGGGCCGCACUGUCAACGGUUUUCUAAUACAUUAGCUCAAGUGCAUUUUCCUGUACUGUCAGUAGGCAUCACAUGUGACAUGGUGGCCUGAGGCCAUCGUGCCUAUAGUGCCUU